AUGUUGAGAGCAGUGACGCCAUUGACAUUCCGAAGAACAAUGAUCCAAGCUCAGGCUGUUUUAUAUAAACAGCACGGCCCUCCAAAAGAUGUCCUCUUCACCCAGAACUUCACCAUUGAUGACGACAAUUUGGCGCCAGAGCAAGUUCUAGUCAAGACAAUUGCAUCGCCAGUCAACCCUUCCGAUAUCAACCAAAUUCAGGGGGUUUAUCCUUCCAAGCCGGCAAAGACGUUGGAUUACGGCACUGAUGAGCCCGCGGCACCAUGUGGCAACGAAGGGUUGUUUCAAGUUUUGAAAGUUGGCGACCAGGUGCGCGAAUUCCAAGUGGGUGACUGGGCGAUUCCAAGCCAAGUCAAUUUCGGUACUUGGAGAACGCAUGCGUUGGGCAAGGAAGUGGAUUUCAUCAAGUUGGAUAAGGGGAUCACUGUUAAUCAAGGUGCAACCAUCUCGGUAAACCCGCCCACGGCUUUGCUCAUGUUGACCCAUUACGUGAAGCUUGAGCCGGGUAAAGAUUGGUUUGUCCAAAACGGAGGAACUUCGGCGGUGGGCAAAUACGCCAUUCAAAUCGCCAAGAUCUUGGGCUUCAACAGCAUUUCAGUUAUCAGGGACAGACACGAUGCAAAUGGUACUAGAGAGGCAUUGCAGGAGCUUGGAGCAACGCACGUCAUUACGGAAAAGGAGAAUUCAGAGCGAGAAGCGGGCGACAAAAUUAAGCUGUUGGUCAAGCUGACCCAGGGAGAAGUGAAGCUCGCAUUGAACUGUGUGGGCGGCUCUUCGUCGCAGGGUAUUGCGAGAAAAUUGAGUCCCAAUGGGUUAAUGUUGACCUAUGGAGGCAUGUCCAUGAAACCGGUGACCGUUCCCACUUCGUUAUUUAUUUUCAAAAAUAUCACUAGCGCAGGGUUCUGGGUGACGGAGUUGUUGAAAAACAACCCCGAGUUGAAACAAAAGACAUUGAACCAGAUCCAACAGUGGUACAAGGAAGGUAGUUUGAAAGAAGCUCCUAGCGAGAAAUUGCCAUUUACUGAAGGUGAAGGUUUGGAAUUGCACCAAUUGUAUUUGAAAGGUAUCGAAGCCGACUCAGGUAAGCAAUUGGUUACCUACGAAUAA